UGCAUGUGCCCUACACCGAUUCGUUGGUUCGACCUACAGCUCUUCUGUAUGGAGUUGUACUGUGUGUGUGUGUGUAUGUGUGUGUGUGUGUGUCCUUGUUGGUGACGAAGUCGGAAACCCAGAACCAGACUAAGUGUUGUAUGAAACCUUGACGUCCACAGACCUGAGGAACAUGUGGUCUCAGAUGAUGGUUCAAGUCCAGGUCCAGGUCCUGCUCCUAGUCCUGGUCCUGUUCAGCUUCUCUCCACACGCCGCAGCCCUUCCAGUGGCGAGUCCAGAAGAAGACUGGAGAGACGUGGAGAACUACAACACGAACACAGACGUAGAGUGGGAGAACCUGGACCCCAACGUAUUUGGAGUGGAUUACGAUUAUGACGACUUGGAUUCAGAGAUGAAGCUGGGGGUCGCGGCACCAACCACGCCCCCAUCAGUCGCACCGUCCACAGCUGCCAACCUCGGGUCAGCUCCUGUGACCCUGGACUUUAAAGGAUCUGGACUCUUUGGACCAGAAACAGGCCUGGGUAGGUCAAAGGUCGAGGUACAAAUUCAGGUUAAAAUCAGAAAAACGUCACAUUUUACUGCAUGUACAGUACUCGUAGAUGUACUUCAGUGUGUACUCUGUGCAGGCAUGCCCACCUGUAUACUGUGUGUUUGUCUGCGUGGGAGUGUGUACUGUGACGACAUGGCUCUGGACCAGAUCCCACCCCUGCCCAAAGACACCAGCUAUUUCUACGCCCGUUUCAACAGAAUCCGACACGUGAAGAACACGGACUUCCUAAACCUCGGUGAGUCUCGUGACGACUCAAGACGUCGCAGAUGUACACGUCGGCUGUACCUCACGUCGUCUUCUUCUUCUUCUUCUGUUCCAACAGAGAAACUCCGGUCCGUCGACCUGACUGGGAACCAGAUCUCAGAGAUGGACCGGGACGUGUUCAGCUCCCAGACGCAGCUGCUGCAGCUGCUGCUGGCCGGCAAAGACCCGCAGGCGGACAUGCAGCGGCUGGAGUUUCUGUAUCUGUCCGGAAACAACCUGGAUUAUAUUCCCACACCUCUGCCACUGAGCCUCAGAGUGCUACAUCUGCAGGACAACAACAUCCAGUCUGUGCAGGAAGACACGUUCUGCGACCAUGGCGACAGACACUUUCUCCGCAGGAACCUGGAGGACGUCCGCCUGGACGGAAACCCUCUGAACGUGGACCUGUUUGUCCAGAUGUUUGUGUGUCUGCCACGUCUGCCUGUGGGGAGUCACUGGAAACAGUGACCAGACACUGCUAGGCUAGGCUACGGUCUUGGACAACACUUUAAAUUGCAUUAAAGCUGGA